UACUGUACAUUUCUCCCUUUAGCUACUUCUCGAGUCCUCUCGAAACCUUGUUCUUCUCUCCGACAAGUAAAGCUAAACCCUUAUGGCGAUCAUCUCCGAGGUUGAAGAGGAAACCAGCAGCAGCCAACCCUCGACCUUGCCCUUUAGGGCUACCUUUGAUUCUUCGAACCCAUUAGGUUUCUUGGAGAAAGUGUUCGACUUUCUCUCCCAACAGAGCGAUUUUCUCAGUAAACCCUCCGCGGAGGCUGAGAUCGCCGCCGCGGUUAGGGCGGCGAAGGAGAAGUUGAGGAAAGCCGAGAAGAAGAGUGUUGAGAAGAAGCCUGUGGAGAAGGAGAGUGUGGCUGCUUCAAGCUCAGAGCCCAUGGAAGUGGAGGAAGCUGCUCCCAUUGCUCCUAACAAAGGAAAUGGUUAUGAUCUUGAGAACUACUCAUGGGUCCAGACUCUACAGGAGGUCACUGUCAAUGUUCCUGUGCCUAGUGGCACUAAAGCACGGUCUGUUGUAUGCGAGAUCAAGAAGAACCGUCUUAAGCUUGGUCUCAAAGGCCAGGAUCCUAUCAUUGAUGGAGAGCUGUACCGAUCUGUGAAGCCUGAUGACUGUUACUGGAACAUCGAGGACCAAAAGAUGAUUUCGAUUCUGUUGACUAAGCAAGAUCAGAUGGAGUGGUGGAAAUGCUGUGUGAAAGGCGAACCUGAGAUCGAUACGCAGAAGGUUGAGCCAGAGAACAGUAAAUUAGCUGACCUUGACCCUGAGACUCGCUCCACUGUUGAGAAGAUGAUGUUUGAUCAAAGGCAAAAGCAGAUGGGACUUCCAACAAGCGACGAGCUACAGAAGCAAGACAUCCUCAAGAAAUUCAUGUCUCAGCAUCCAGAGAUGGACUUCUCAAACGCAAAGAUUAACUGAUGCUCGUGUUGUCUGUCUGCCAGCUUUGCAUCUUCACCAGCUUGUUUUUGUAGUUGCAUCCUUACAAACUUUGUUGUUCUUGCUUUUGUUUUGUCUACUUGAAGGAAUAGUUUGAUAAUCCGGUUUAUGGUUGGUUUUUGUUGAAUAAACUUUGACAAUCUGUUUUUUUUUUAA